AUGGCGUCAAGCAAAGUGAACAAGCAGGAUGGCCCCAGGGCCGAAAGCUACCGAUAUGCAGUUACCCCAACUGAUGAUGAGAAGAAGAAAAAGAAAAAGAAGAAGGGAGAUAACUUGGAUGAGCUCAAGCAGGAGUUGGACAUGGAUGAGCACAAAAUCCCGAUUGAAGAGUUGUACGAAAGAUUUGGUGCUGAUCCUGUUAAUGGACACACAGUUGAGAGAGCCAAAGAAAUUUUUCUUCGUGAUGGUCCAAAUGCACUGACCCCACCCAAGACCACCCCAGAGUGGGUCAAGUUUUGCAAGGUCUUGUUCACUGGGUUUUCCCUUUUGCUGUGGAUUGGUGCCAUUUUGUGCUACAUUGCCUAUGGCAUCCAGGCCAGUCAGAGCGAGGACCCCCAAGGAGAUAAUCUAUACCUCGGAAUUGUGCUGACAGCUGUCGUCGUGGUGACAGGGAUUUUUUCCUACUACCAGGAGGCAAAAAGCUCCCGCAUCAUGGAUUCCUUCAAAAACAUGGUUCCUCAGUAUGCUAUUGUGAUCCGUGGAGGCCAGAAGUUGAGUGUCCAUGCUGAAGAGCUGGUGCUGGGUGACAUUGUUGAGGUCAAGUUUGGUGACCGUGUGCCGGCUGACAUCAGAAUUGUCUCUGCUCAUGGAUUUAAGGUAGACAACUCUUCCCUGACGGGUGAAUCUGAACCUCAGUCUCGUACAGCAGAGUUCACCCAUGAGAAUCCACUGGAAACCAGAAAUCUGGCUUUUUUCUCAACUAACGCUGUUGAAGGUACAGCCCGGGGCAUCGUUGUGAAGACUGGAGACAAGUCUGUGAUGGGCCGCAUUGCCAACCUGGCCUCUGGUCUGGAGGUUGGAGAGACCCCCAUUGCCAAGGAAAUUUCUCACUUCAUUCACAUCAUUACCGGCGUGGCUGUCUUCCUUGGCGUGACAUUUUUCAUCAUUGCGUUUAUUCUUGGCUAUUUCUGGCUGGAUGCUGUCAUCUUUUUGAUUGGUAUCAUUGUGGCCAAUGUUCCUGAAGGUCUGCUGGCCACUGUCACGGUGUGUUUGACUUUGACUGCCAAACGAAUGGCCAAGAAGAAUUGUCUGGUGUAA